CUCACCUCAUCACCCUCCUCUCUUCAUCAUGGCACCUUUCGCAAAGCCAGAAUCAGUGCUUCGCAGAGCCGAUGAACUCAUUGCUGUCGGCCAGAAUGCUGCUGCCCUGGAGGCUCUUCACGAUGUGAUCAUCUCCAAGAGAUCCCGCAGCGUGCCUUUAGUCUCACUUGAGCCUAUUAUGCUCAAGUUUGUUGAGCUGUGCGUUUCGCUCCGCAAGGGCAAGAUCGCCAAAGAGGGUCUCCAUCAAUACAAGAAUAUUUCUCAGAACACCAGCAUUGCUACCAUCGAGUUGGUGAUUAAAAAGUUCAUUCAGCUGUCGGAGGAAAAGGUCCAGGAGGCUCAGGCCAAGGCUGAUAAGAUCACAUUGGACGGAUUGGACGAUCUGGAGGCAACUGAGACCCCCGAGUCCAUCCUCCUCAGCACCGUUUCGGGUGAACAAAACAAGGAUCGUACUGAUCGUGCUGUCGUCACCCCUUGGCUAAAGUUCCUUUGGGAGGCAUACAGGACUGUACUUGACAUUCUCAGGAACAAUGCCCGUCUUGAGGCUCUCUAUCAGACAACUGCUCACCAGGCGUUCCACUUCUGCUUGAAAUACGCUCGCAAGACCGAGUUCCGUCGCCUUUGCGACCUUCUCCGAAAUCAUCUUCAGAAUGUUGCCAAAUACGCCCACCAACCUCAUUCUAUCAACCUCAACGAGCCUGAGUCUCUCCAGCGCCACUUGGACACUCGUUUCCAGCAGCUCAACGCUGCAGCUGAGCUCGAGUUGUGGCAGGAGGCUUUCCGCUCUGUCGAGGAUAUUCACAACCUUAUGACAAUGUCCAAGAAGAUGCCCAAACCUUUCAUGAUGGCCAACUAUUAUGAAAAGUUGACAAAGAUUUUCAUGGUUUCUGACAACUACCUCUUCCACGCUGCUGCUUGGAACAAGUACUACACCCUUGUCAAAACUCAGAACAGAUCUGUCACUGAUGAGGAGCAGACCCGCAUGGCCUCUCUCGCCUUGCUUUCUGCUUUGGCAAUCCCUGUUAUUUCAUCCAAGGACAGCAACUAUGAGAUUGAUGAGUCCAAAAAUAAAUCCCAUCGUUUGGCUGCUCUUUUGGGUCUUAGUCGCUCUCCCAAUCGUGCUGGUCUUUUGAAGGAGGCUCUCAGCAAAAACAUUCUCAGACACGUCCGCCCCGAGCUUCGCGAGUUGUACAACAUUCUUGAAGUUCAAUUUCAUCCUCUCUCCAUUUGCAAAAAGAUCGAGCCUAUCAUGACCAAACUUACCGAGGAUCCCGAGCUUGUCAAGUACGUCAAACCUCUUCAUCAAGUCAUCUUGACCCGUCUGUUCCAGCAGUUGUCACAGGUUUACACCACUGUCAAGUUGGAUUUCGUUAUUCAGUUAGCUUCUUUCGCCCCCCCUUUCAACUACGACUCUGCCACCAUUGAAAAGUUCAUCAUGCAGGGAUGCAAAAAGGGCGAAUUGUCAAUCCGUAUCGACCACGCUACUCAGUCCUUGACCUUUGAAACCGAUCUGUUCGCUUCAGAGAACAAGAUGGUGACGGACGGACCUGUCUUGCAGUCAUUGCCUUCCGACCUCAUGAGGACUCAGCUCACCCGCUUGGCCACCUGCCUCAACACUACUGUUUCUAUGAUUUCACCCGAGAUUGUUGAGGAAAAGAAGGAAGCCAAGAAGGCUGCUUUUGUCAAGGCUCUCGCUAGCAUGAAGGAAGAACACAAUCUUGCUCUCGAGCGCAAGGCUAUUAUUGAACGCAAGAAGGAACUGAUCGAGACCAUGUUGGCUCGCAAAGAGAAGGAGGAAGCUCGUGAAAAGGCCCUUCGUCUGCAGGCUGAGCAGGAAGCUCUCAAGAUCCGCCUUGCAGAGGACCGUCGUAAGCGCGAAGAGGAGCGUAUCCGUGCUGAGCAGGAAGCUAUCCGUAAGAGUGAGUCUCUCAAGUUAGCCGAGUCUCUAAAGAACAAAUCAGGCGUCGACUUGAACGAUGAGGACCUUGAGAACAUGGACAGAGAAAAAUUGGUUGCCAUCCAGAUCAAGCAAUUGGAGAAGGAGAAGAGCGAGAUGGCUGCGCGUACAAAGGCCAUUGGCAAGCGUUUGGAUCACGUCGAACGUGCUAUGCGUUUGGAGGAGCGUCCUCUUUUGGCCAAGGACUACGAGCGCCAGCAGAAAGCAGAUCGUCUUUAUCAUGAGGCUGCUGUUAAGGCUCAUCGCGAAGCUGCUGCUACCAAACAUGCAUACGAGUUGGAACUCAAGAAGCGUAUGAUCAGGAUUUUGGACGACUACAAGAAUGUCCGUCGCGAGAUGGAGGAGAAGCGCAAGGAAGAAUUUGCUCAAAAACGCGAGGCUGCUCGUCUCAAAAUCGAGGAGGAGAAACAGAAGCGUAUUCAGCUUUACAGAGAGCGCAAGGCCGAGAACGAGGCGCGCAAAAUCCGCGAAGAGAAGGAGCGUGCCGAGCGUGAAGCUGAAGCUGCUCAUCGUGCUGUUGAAGAAGAGAAGAGACGUGUUGAACGUGAGGCCCAACUUGCAAAGGAGAGAGCCGAGUAUGAGGAGAGGAAGCGACAGCUGGAUGCUAUCGCUGCCAAGCAGCGCGAGAAGGAGUCGCAGAUCGAAGCUCGUCUGGCCAGUUCAAGAACUGGAUCCGCUGCACCUGUCACGCCUCCAAAGUUUAUCCCAUCCGCUUCUGGAGGUGAGAAGCUAAGCUGGAGAGAGCGCGAGGCAGCCAAGGCUGCUGCAGCUGCCGCUGGCGAGAGCGCUCCUGCGCCUUCUACCGGAGCAUAUCGUCCUCCUGGCGCUCGUGGUAACGAUUCCCGUGAUUCCCGUGAUUCCCGUGAUUCUCGUCGUGAGCCUGUACGUGAAGGACCUCGCACUGACUCCCGCCGCGAGCCUGCACGUGAGGCUCCCCGCGAGGAAGGACCAUCCCGCCCCUUGUUCGGAGCUGCCACUGCCGGUGGUUGGAGAGAGCGUGAGGCUGCCAGGAAAGCUGGUCACCAGCAGCAGCAGUAAUCGUCUAAGAUUUUUUAUCAACCAUUUAUCCCCCACCAUUCAUCCAUCUCCUCUCGUCCUCAAUAAAUAUUAUUAAAUAUGGAU